GUUCCACGACGUAUUAUUGAAUAUCAACUCCACUUUGAAAAACACAGUUCUCUAACCGACGCAGAAUUGGAUGAUGUUAUGUAAGUGUGAAUUCGUCCAUCGUCACAUCUGGGAUUCCUAUGCUUGCAUUAUCUUCAUAUGCAUGCCGGUGAAUUUAUGUUGGUUUAGCAAAAUUUACGGCUGAAUGCUAUUUCCAAGAGCUUAGCAAAGUGGUAUGAUUUUAAUAAGGGAAACAACUUAACCAAUGCCAGAUGUAAGAAAACUCGUAGAUUUACAAAUUAGCAAUAAUGACAUCUUGACCAGGUGUUACUUGUUAUCCAAGGUUUUAUUUUGGAUGUUUUAGUAUAAACAUUUACAGACUAAUGUUUCUGUAAUUACAUGUAUUAACAAUGUAUUUUUAGAUGAUGUCACAAGCAUAGAACUUAAGUAAAUGAAGUAUUGGUGAACCAAUACUCAAAACAAAAUCUUAGUUUUUUGAUUUUGUAAAAGGGGAAGGGAUGAGGCUGUAAGUUGAUCUCAGCUCCUAUAGUAGUAAGGAGACUAUGAAGAAAUCCUAGAGUGAUUACACAACAAGACAGUUCCUGUAUUUUCAUUUUCUCAUGGGAGAAGGGAGCAGUGCAGUCCCCAAAACCCCAUCCCCGAAGCCACCACUGAAGCCACCACUGAAAUAUCUUUUUCAUGCUUCACUUAUCUAUUUGUUCAAAAGCUCAGAUGGUCUGAAGACCAUUCACAGAUGUGGGUAUUGGAACAUGUGUGGGCACCUUCAUCCAAGAGGUCAUAAAGUGCAAUGGGAUCCUAUUCAGGACAGCAUGAGAAGGUUGUGUCUUGAAGAAAUUUUAAUGUGGGCGUUACAGCUUAUGGCAGUCAGAUGCAGAACUUACUUUGUCCAGGCCCCGCUUUCACUGUGGCAUAUCAAUGGAAACCACAAAUUAAUGAGGUAG